AUGCGACGAGAUUGUAUACAAUUUGAAGCAGCAAUGAUACUUGCAAAAGUUUAUGAUCCUGAACAAAUACCUUAUAUAUCAGCGGCACAUGCUGAACAACUUGAAUUUACUGGAGAUUCAGGUGCAGCAGUUAAAUUUUAUGAACAAGGUAUAACUAAAAAAGAAAAGGAUUUACAAUAUGAUCAAAGAUGUUUUAUUGGUCUUGCUCGAUGUUAUAUUAAAGUUGGAGAUAUUAAAAAAGGUGCUACAAUUGCAUUACGUUUACCUGGAAAAGAAAUAAAAGAAGAAUGUGCAAAAUUACUUGAAGGAUUGAAACAAUAG